UGGGCUGGACGUUUCAAUGACGUAUUGAUGAGUGGUGACAGCCCGACCUUUUACUGCAGAAAACUAGAAUCAUCUCUUCGCCAUUUCUUUCUGUACUCCGUACAACUCUUACAACCUUUAAGGGAGAACACAAUCUCUACCCGUCUUUGACCCAGUCCUACCUUUUCGUUCUUCUAUCUUCACUUGUGCCGUCUCCUUUCCACAAGAUGACCGUCUACAUAGCUUCUCUGUUUCUCCCCUACACAGUCAGCUUCCGCCCUCCAGAGGAGUCUCAAGCCCUUCCCUCAAGCCCUCUGUCUCAGCAUCAGGCUCCGGAGUCCGUGUCAACCACGCCAAACCCUGCAGUCAGCUUGUUUGAGAAGCGGAAUAAGACACCCAAUGUUGGUCUUACUCCGGGCGCGACCACCGACCAUGAGCGCAUCUUCACUUCCGAUCCAAACAAGGCUGCUGACCCAAACCGGUCUGAAUACCCGUUCCCUAACCCCGACAAUGGCUACGACUAUGAACACUUGACGGAAAGUGAAGCGCAUUCACCGGCCUGGGGCGUACGGACCGCACUCAACCAACCCAAGCCACAAUCAGCGUUUCUGGCUUCCCCCUCAAUCCUCAGACACCAAGAGCCACUGAAUUUGUCGACGGACUCCCUCCCAAAAGUGGAUGGCCCGUCAUCGGUGCCGCCGAAAAAGCACUUCAGAAAACCCUCUGGGCGUAGCCAUAACCGAAAGCCCUCAUUCUCCGAGAACGAAUGGAAGAUCACAACGGCUGAACAGGGCAAUGGCGGCUUACGCAACGCCGUACGCGCCGCCGCGGAGACCGGGCAGCUUGAAGACAAGGUUUGGGUUGGUACGCUGGGUAUGCCGACUGAUGCCUUGACGGAGUCAACAAAAGCCACGAUAUCCGAGAAGCUGGAGGGAGAAUACGAUUGUCUAAUGGUCGAUGUCAGUGACAGCGAUUUCGACGGUCAUUACACACAUUUCUGCAAGACAAUCCUCUGGCCCGUGUUUCAUUAUCAAAUCCCUGAUAACCCGAAGAGCAAGGCAUAUGAGGACCAUUCGUGGGUUUACUAUGUGAAGCUCAACCAGGUCUUUGCGGAGCGAAUUGCCCGAAACUGGAGGCGGGGCGAUACCAUAUGGGUCCAAGACUAUCACUUGCUCCUUGUGCCGGCGAUGCUACGGAAACUUCUCCCCGACGCGCAGAUCGGCUUUUUCCUUCAUGUUGCUUUCCCGUCCUCUGAGGUGUUCCGGUGCCUCGCACCACGCAAGGAGCUCCUUGAGGGUAUGCUUGGGGCGAACCUCGUCGGCUUCCAGACGGAAGAAUAUUGUCGCCAUUUCCUGCAGACAUGCAGCCGUAUCCUCAGUGUUGAAGCUACGAAUGACGGGCUUCAGCUGGAGGACCGAUUUGUGAACGUGAGAAAGUUCCCAAUCGGUAUCGACCCCCUCUCUUGGGAUAAGCGCCGUAAAGCGGCAGAUGUCGAGCAGUGGAUCAAGACGAUUUCCGAUCGUUAUGCAGGAAAGAGGCUCAUUGUGGCUCGCGACAAGAUUGACCAGGUGCGCGGCAUCCGGCAGAAGUUACUCAGCUAUGAGCUCUUUCUCAACACUCACCCCGAGUGGCGCGAAAAGGUGGUAUUGAUUCAGGUGGCUACAAGCACGACGGAACAGCCGGAGCUGGAGGCCAUGAUUUCCGACAUUGUCAUGCGGAUCAAUUCUACGCACUCGACGCUUGCACACCAACCUCUGGUAUUCUUGAAGCAGGACCUUGCCUUCCCGCAAUACCUCGCUUUGAUUUCUGUAGCAGAUGCGAUGAUGAUUACUAGUCUACGUGAAGGUAUGAAUCUUACGAGCCAUGAGUUUGUUUACUGUCAGGAUGGAAAAUACGGCGCCCAAAGAUACGGAUCACUUAUUCUCAGCGAAUUCACCGGUAGCGCAUCGGUAUUCGGCAACCAUGCCCUACUCGUCAACCCUUGGGACUACCACCAGUGUGCAGACGCAAUCCACACAGCUCUCUCGCGCAGUGAAGAGAAACGUCAGCAGGUAUGGACACAGCUUCAUGAGGCAGUGCUGCAGAAUUCAACUUCAAACUGGGUGAAGUCGUUCAGUGAGACGUUAAGUAGGGUCUGGCAUGAACAGUCGUCCCGUGAGAUCAUGGCUGUUCCCAGACUCCCUAUGAACAAGCUUGAAGACAGGUACCGGCAGGCAAAGCGACGGCUCAUAAUUUUAGACUAUGAAGGUACACUGGCAUCCUGGGGUUCUCCGAAGAGCAUCAUCGUCACCACCCCCCAAAGGGCCAUCACGACGCUGGCCGACCUGACCGAGGAUCCGAGAAAUGUGGUGUAUGUUAUGAGUGCGCGGAUGCCCGAGGAGCUGGAGCGUCUCUUCCGACUGGUGUCUGGACUAGGCCUCAUCGCAGAGAAUGGAUGCUUUAUUCGCGAGCCGUACUCGGAAACGUGGUCGAAGCUUACGAACCAAGACCAGACCGACGCCUGGAAGACUGCUGUGAGGCAGAUGCUUGAGUAUUACAGGCAGCGCGCGGAAGGAAGCUGGAUUGAACAGCGUCAUUGUUCUCUAGUCUUCCACUAUGAAGCAGCAGAGGAUCACGCAGCGGCUUGCCGUCUGGCUUCCGAAUGCGCGGACCACAUUAACGACGCAUGCGCUAAUCAAGGCGUGCACGCUAUUCUGGUCGACGGGGUGUUGGUAGUGGAAGCAACCAGCACGAACAAGGCUUCAGCAGCGGAAUUGGCCUGGCGGUCUUGUCUUAAGCAGGAAAAUGACGCCGGUCGCCCCGACUUCCUGCUCGCUAUUGGCGACAGUCGUGACGACGAGCCGGUUUUCCGGUGGGCGAACAAGUUAGAGAGCGCACACGCGGUCAGCUACGCCAUGACAGUCACGCUGGGCUCGAGAAGUACCGAAGCGCGGGCUACUUUGACUCAGGGAGUUGCUGGAGUUUUGACAUCUCUAGAGAGACUGGCGAAAACAUCGGCUAAUCAAGGUGUUGUGUUGUAGACCACUUAGAACACAUUGUGAUUGCCUACAAAUAUCGAUAAUAGCAUCUUUAUGUAUAUUCAUUAGAGCCAUGAACUCGUGUUGGUAAAAUAAGCAAGUGAGGUGGUAACCGAGUGAAGCAGAGUUCGGCAGCAGACGAGCCGAGGUAGAUUAGUCUGUUAAGAUCAUGAUUUAAUGAAGCAUCUCCUUUCCAUUAC